AACCUCCUAUCGUCCGUUUCGGCCUCUUCUUUAAGUUCUCUCGCGAUACAACACGCGAUACAUCUUGUUCCUCGACCCAGAACCGACUCACAGUUGGAAGUCUGGAGAUACCCACGACGUCCAGGCGAUAACCCCACUUUCUUGACGUCAGCCUCGGGCGCGACGCGAACAAACGAACGCGCCUUGUUCUACCUUGCAUACCCUCAGAUAUCUUGAAUACUGAAUACUCUAUACCAUGUUCUAUUCCGAAGCUAUAUUGUCCCGCCGUGGGCCGUUAGCCAAGGUAUGGCUGGCUGCUCACAUGGAGCGAAAGCUCUCCAAAACACAAACACUGCAGACGGAUAUUGAACAGUCUGUUGAUGCCAUCAUGGAUCAAGAGGUGGAAGUGAUGGCUCUGCGACUCAGUGGCCAGCUGUUGCUGGGCGUUGUCCGGAUCUAUAGUCGAAAAGCUAAAUAUCUAUUAGACGAUUGCAAUGAAGCUUUGCUAAAGAUUAAGAUGGCUUUCAAACCUGGUAUUGUCGACAUGACAGAGGACCAGCUUGCUGUAAACCGGAAUGCUAUUACCCUGCAGGACCACAAUCUCGAUCUGGAUGCUCUGCUUCCCGAUAUCAACUGGAACGUCGACUUUGAAAAUCGUGUAGUUCAACCGGGGGGACAACAUAUUGCUCGAACGGCAGAUAUUACCCUUACGACCGCCGACGACUUCCAGUAUGACUUCGAUGAGCCAAAUUAUGGAUUUGAUCUCGGUCCCUCAGAUGGAAUUGGUUCACAAGAUUAUGACAUUGAUCUUGGACUUGAUUUCGGUGACGGACCUGCGAGUGCUGUCGGAGAGCAGGCUCGUACUCACGAUGAAGACGAGAGCAUGGAUGUCGAAUAUGGUCGAGACGCCGCGUCAAUGCGGCAUCCACGAGAAUCUUUGGAGUCACAUAUUCUAGGUCCACGAAGGCCUCAGGAUUUGGAUGUGCUCUCUUAUCGCAGUCGAGAAGCGUCGGAACACCCUUUUGGUGAUGACUUGGAUUUUGGCCCUGCACUCGGUGAGGGCAUGGAACUCGACCUAGGGUUGGACUUCGGUGACAGACCGGCAAGCGAGGCUCCCAAGACUCCUCAGCUUACACCUUCAAGACAAUCGAGUCCUCUCUCUGAGCCUCCCGUGACUCCACCACCUGAAGUAGAGCUCACCCCUCAUGUCGAUAUUGAGACUGGCAAGGAGAAGAGAAAACCAAAAGAAAAGAAGCAGAUCAUUGAUAGCGUAACUGAACUUGCCGAUGGCCCUGGUGCUCGACUAGGGAGAGGUCGGGGCGCUGCUUCCCAGCCUACAGCAGAUGUCAGCAACAUCCUCACUGAACACCCAUUUUUACCUCGAUCUUCUCUUGUCAUGCGACUCAUGGAGAUCCGAGAAGACCCAUUAUCUCACUUCCUCCCUACAAAGGUCACACCAAACGGAACUUUCUUCGUUGCUGCACCGCCGGGGUUGGCACCCGAGUUGACAGAGCUCUUCAUGAGACCUGUUUCAAACUUGGCUGCCCAGAAACGUCGGGCAUCCCCCGAGAAGAAUCAGGAAGAGGUACAGAGCCCGAGCAAGCGGGCACGAAUAGAAGGUAGUGUUAUUGGUGAUGAGGAAGAAAUUGAGGAACCUCGAAGGGCAGGCAGCCGUGCACCAAGCAUCGCCAUAGGUAGCGAAGCGCUUGGUGGCCGUCCUAGCAUUGGUCCAGGACUCGAUUUUGCUGACAACACGGCUGGUUUGGAAGACUUCCAGAUGGAGAUACCUGAAUUUGAGCUUCCAGCAGAUAUUGGACCCGAGGAGAGAGCACGCAGCAAGUCUGUUUUGUCGGCUUUGAGCCGGAUGUCGACGCCCGCUCUCGAAGAAGGUCAUGAGUCGUACGCGGAUGUAAAAUGUCCUAUCGCAAUUUUCGACGAACGAAGUUCGUCGUCGCAGGAGACGAGUGCCUCGAGCGAUGAUGGGUACAGUAGGAAUACUGUAAAGGCUUUGUCCAUCAUCCGACGUGAGUUGCAGCCGACUGCAGAGGGGGAGGAGAAGGUGUUGAGCUUCAAGAAAAUGGCCGAGAAGGCAUCGAAACGAGCCGCUGCUUCAUUCUUCUUUGAGGUCCUCCUACUUAGCACGCGCGAUGCUAUCAAGGUGUCUCAGGAUGGUCCCUUUGAGAAUAUCGAAAUUCGAGCGAAGGAUAAGCUUUGGGAGCGCCAACGUCAUAGCUCUUUCGCUCCAUCCACCUUCGCGGCCGAGUCGUCUCGUCUUGGAUCCGUACGCCCUUCUCAAACACCUAGUAGACGUCAGGGAUCUGUUACUCCAUCUAUUGCUUCUACGUUUGGUUUAUAAGCUUAUCGUUAUCUUUCUUGGUUCUUGGAACCCUGAAUAAGACAUUGCUAUCCAAAUCGUUCUGUUGGUCUUCUUGCUUUCUACAUCUGUUCCUGAUUCUUGCAUUAUUCCUAUUUGCGUACCUUUUUUUCCCAUGACUAGUGGUGAAAUGACUUGCAGCCCUUGUUUUAGCUUCCAGUUCACGAUUUGUAUAAGUAAUUCAACCUAACCGAUCCUUGAUCCUGGACUUUGUUAUAAGCGCUAGAACAUCGCAUUCAAGAUGGCUUCGAUUCCAAGUUGAAC